UUAAAAAUAAUUAAUUACUCGUAAAAAUGUUUAAAACUUUAACAUCGCUUUAAUAAUUAUUGAUUGAAAGUAUAUGGUACGUAACGUAACAUACGUUACUUGUGUACCUUAUGUAACGACUUGCCCGUCAUAACCUUAAAAUUAACAUGAUGGGAGGUGAUGGGAGGCAGGCAGUCAAAAGGAAAAGGGUCAAAAGUGUUUAUAACUUUUGCAAUGAUUUUAAAAUAAACAAUGUAAUGAACAUUAUUUCACAAAUGAGUAAAUAUUUUGUGCAGUAGUUGUUUCUUCUUUCUUCACAAUGGUAUUUUUGUAGAAUUUAAAUGAUGUUUAUUAAAACGAUUAAAACGGCUACAAGGGAAGUUGUGGAAGCAAGUUGUGUUUCCUUCUCCUUCCAGUUUCAACUUUUUAUCACAAAACCAAGUAACUCUAUUGACUCAUAGAAAGAACAUAUUCGGAUACGAAAGAGAAGAAUUUCUCCGCUUAACUCCGUUGUAAAUCAUAUGAUUUGAUACAUGAACAACUUGAUACACUUUCCAAUGAAAGUUCAACUGUCGAACAAAAACGAUUCACAUGUGCUCCACAUAGUGGAAGGAAUUUCCAAUUAUUUAAUUUAAUUAUUUACAUACUUGGCUAGAUUUUUAUUAACUAGCUCAAAAUGAUUGUUGACAGAGGUUUUAUAAAUGUAAUAACAUUAAGUGUAGGAUUUAUGUUGGUGUUUUCGGCUUUUCAAACGAUGGGCACUAUAGAGCCCUCGGUUUUGGAAAGUAUUCACAAGGAAGAUCCUUCGUUUACAGGGAAAGGAUACACGAGUUUAGCGAUAAUUUACGCAGUGUUCGCAUCCUGCAACUGGUUGGCGCCAUCAUUUAUCUCAUUAACAGGACCGCGAAUAACAAUUCUGACCGGUGCAUUUUGCUACAUAUUUUUCAUAGCAACAUUUCUAUGGCCAUCGACGAAUCUUCUGUACACUGCAUCAGCUUUGGUGGGUGUUGGUGCAGCAUUAAUAUGGACGGGUCACGGUCAGUAUCUCACGGAGAACAGCGAUGCCGAGACAAUGACUCGAAAUGCUGGAUUGUUUUGGGCAAUUUUUCAAUUGUCGCUAUUUGGCGGCAAUCUUUGUGCAUUUUUUGCAUUCACAGAGGAGGAAAUUCAAGAAGCAAAACGAAGAAUUGUUUUUCAAGUAUUGACGAGUUUGGCAGUGAUUGGAGGCGGUGUUCUACUGCUAAUGAAGAGUGCACCGCAAAAUUUUGUCCUUGGCGAAGCUGAGGGUGUAUCGAGUGCCGAUAAAGAACUUCGAAUACCGGAGAAGCCAAAAGAGAAACCAUUGAUGUCUGCGUGGCAUGCAAUUAGAGAUGCUUUCGUACUAUUCAUUACGCCGCAAAUUUUACUUUUAUCAUUGACAUUUAUUUACACAGGACUUGAACUUACGUUCUUCUCGUCAGUUUAUUCAUCGAGCAUUGGAUUUACCGAGGGAAUGGGCGAAUCGAGAAAGAGGUACAUACCCUUGUCGGGUAUUUGCAUUGGAAUUGGAGAAGUAGUUGGUGGUGCCAUUUUCGGUAUUCUUGGUACAAAGCGAACCAAAUCGCUGUCUGGUUGGCCAGUUGUCGCAGCAGGAUUUGUUAUGCAUUUAAUCGUUUUUCUUAUCACUUUACUCAAUCUGCCGAACAAUGCUCCGUUCAAGGAUACCAAUGACGUUGGAUUCAUCAAUCCCUCUCCAGCACUCGCUCUGGUUGGAAGUCUUAUUCUCGGUUUUGGCGACGCAUGUUUCAACACUCAAAUUUAUUCCCUACUCGGCGUCAUUUACUCGAAAGAAAGUGCUCCUGCCUUUGCACUUUUUAAAUUCUGUCAAUCUGUGGCAGCAGCCGUCAGCUUUUUCUACAGCACAUAUAUCGGUUUACAUUUGCAAUUAGCAAUUUUAUUCUUGACAGUGAUACUAGGAACUGGUGCUUUUUGCAUUGUUGAUUUGAGAAAUAAGAGAGCCAAAAAUACUAUGCAAUCUGUGAUAGAUACAACACAGUCAGAAGAAUCGUGUGUCAGUGAUUAGAAUUCUUAUUUCAAAAAUUUCAGUGUCGGUUGUCGGUUUCGAUAAUUAAUUAACAAUAAAUUGUUAACAAGCAAAUCUAAAGAGAUACCACUGCACAUGCUUAACUCUGCGUGUUGUUUACAGCAGAUGUUGACCAACCUCAAUUUUAUUUUUCUCGAGAUUACUAAAAAC